AUGAGUUCCGCGAUAGCCGAGGGCAUCUUUGUCCCGAGAGCCGUCACCCGCCGCGAUACACUCUUUAACCCACACCUUGCAGAUGACUUGGAUUCGCUCUAUGGUGAUAUCUUUGCACAGAUUGAGCAAGUUGGAUGGAUUGAAUGGCUUGUGCAAGUCUCCCGUUCGCCGCUGGCGCAUCUCUGGGCCUCGUCCUCGCGAUUCCCCUCAGAAACUCCGCUCCGGAAGCCACUCCUCGCGCACCACGUCGGCGUCACGGGUCCUUCUGCCAUGCAACAUCUAAGGAGGAUAGAAGGGCUUGCGAUCUUCACCUGGAAGAACUACACCCACUUCUCUGUUCGCAACUGGGAGCAAACCGUCAAAGCGACUACGGAGCGUUAA